AUGCUCAUCCUAGAAUUACCCGCUUCAUUGACUCUGAAGGUAGCUGUAGUGGGUUGGAUCCAGUAUCUAGUCAUCAAGGCAAUCUACAAUGUCUUUUUUCAUCCCUUGAAGGACUACCCCGGCCCGCGAAGUAUGGCUGCUAGCCGGCUUCCAAUCACCUACGCAAGGUUAGCAGGCCACUCUGUAUAUUUGACCCUGCAGCUUCACCAAAAAUACGGCCAUGUCGUCCGUAUGGGUCCAAAUGAGCUGAGCUACUCCGAUUCAAGCUCUUGGAAAGAUAUAUACGCCAGUCACCCAUUCCGACCCGGCGGUAUGCCGCCAGAGCGAUCUGCCGCCGAGACCUUUGAGAGGAAGAACACCACCCGCUCACUUGUUAACGUCCGGGACAAAGAGCAUUCAAGAAUGCGUCGGGCCUAUGGGAGAGCACUUACGAAACAGGCACUUCUGCAGCAGGAGCCACUCAUACUUGAGCAUAUUUUGGAUCUUAUCAGAAAGCUGGAAGAACAAGAGCAUUACCGCAUCAAUAUAGAAGACUUGUUUACCUUUCUUGUAGCGGAUAUCACCAUCCAUUUUCAGCUUGGGAGCCACCUUCACAUACUUGAUGAUACCACUCGCCAACCCUGGGUAAAAAAUAUGAUUGGCAUGAUACGAAACUCUACAAUACUAGGGAUCCUUGCGGAAUUUCCUCUUUUCGGAGCCAUUUUCCAACUAGUGCUUCCCCUAUUGAUGAAGCAGGCACGAAACAUUCAUUUUGGAUGGAUGACAAAAACCCUCGAUGAUCGCUUCGCUACGGAGUCAGAUCGGCCCGACUUGGUGCAUUUGGUGGUAAACCAUACUGGAGCAGAAUCAUCAGUGUCAGAAGCAGAGUUUCGAGCCAAUGCACCCAUAUUUUUCCUCGCCCAGACUGAAACAACUACUACGGCACUAAGUGGGCUAAUAGCUUUGCUACUCAGUGAGCCGUUCAUUCUCUCUGAAUUACAAACCGAAGUCCGCUCGAAUUUUCAAACUAUCUCAGACAUCAACAUGGCAGUGAUUGAACGAAUGAAAGUUCUCAACGCAUGUAUCAGUGAAGUUCUUCGGGUUUAUCCACCUGGGCCAUCGUCAGUACCACAUGUAGUACCACAAGGAGGUGGAACGAUUUCCGGCAGAUGGGUUCCAGGCGGAACUCGAGUGUAUAACUCUAUGUUUGCCACCUUCAGGUCCUCUGAAAAUUUCCAUGAUCCAGAAUUGUUUCUUCCUCAGCGGUGGUAUAAGGAAACGGACGAACAGUUCUUGGCGAAUGACAAGGCAUCAUGCAGGCCGUUCUCUAUGGGCCCAAAUGAGUGUCCCGGUAGACAAGAGCAAGCUAUGGUUUUCCAAGCAAAAGGCAUGGACGUUUUGGAAUAA